UACUCCUUUAUAAUUGCAUCCGGACUACCUGCAAAUAUUGCUGUCCUUUGGUUCUUAAUGCAAAGCUGCAAGAGGAAUAGACUGAAUGAAGCCAAAAUCUAUAUGAUUAACCUAACCGUGGCUGAUCUUCUGUUCAUCAUAGGUCUUCCAUUCUGGAUUGUGUACUACAUUCGACAAGGGGAUUGGAUAUUUUCCAGCUUCAUGUGCAGCCUCAGUGGAUCUCUGUUUUAUAUCAACACCUAUAAUUCUCUCUUCUUUCUGGCUCUCACCAGCUUCAGCCGUUACUAUGCUGUAUCACAGCCCCUAAGGGCCGCUCAGUCAAAAAAGAGAAUAAGAGGUCUCGUCAUGUCUUCUGCGGUCUGGAUGAUAACAGUGGGUUCAUCUUUUCCUGUGAUAAUUCGUAAUGAGCAGUACAUAAGCACAGAGAUCACUAACUAUGGAAAUGUUUCAAGAUGUUUCGAAAUCUAUUCCGGAGAAAACAAUACAGUGGAGAUAGUGCUCAAUUUUGCCAUGAUCUCUGCAUUCAUUUUGUCAUUCGCAGUUGUUAUUGGAUGCAGCGCAGCCAUCCUCAAACUAUUAAGUGACAACGGGAUCCCAAUUACUUCACAAAGAGGGGUGAAGAGACAGGCUUUACGAACGGUAAUUGUUAUACUGAUUGUCUUUUUCAUUUGUUUUAUCCCACAUCAUGUGGUCAAGGGGCCGUGGGUGCUGAUAUUUUUGGGUACAUGGGAAACUAGAGACUGUGUCUUCAAGCAAGUCUUGAAUGACUUUUAUCAGAUCAGUUUUUGCAUCAUGAAUAUCAACUGUAUUUUGGAUCCCAUUGUUUAUUCUUUUCUGAGUAGAAAUUUCAGGAAUUCUGUAAACAAACUGAGGCAUUCAUUGAGACAGAGCUUAAAAUCGAGGAUGCCUACUCCCCAUGAGUCUGCACAAGGGAACUCAGUCGAUAUGAAUGUAAGGAGAAAUAAUUAA